AUGCAGUUCCCAACGUGUUCACAAAACUCCCAGGACCCUGAGGGUUCAUUCUUGACACCGACAAGCGGGUCGGGUCUUAAGCAUCGAAUUCGAGAACUCGAAUGCAUCAUCGAUUCAGAGCUAAGAUCUCUCCAACGGCAGGUGCAGCAGUUCAAGUCCCAGAAAAUCGUGCAGACUGGCCGUACAGAGGAAGUCGUGCAGGAAGCUAAGGAGGAAGUUUUGGCAGUUUUACAACAAUCGAAAAAUGAAUUGAAGCAAUUUUUUUUGCAGCAGAGAACAGAAAAUCAACGAUUGCACGAAAUGAUUCGAGCACUUCGAAACGAAAAUUUUGCUUUGCAGCAGAGCCAACUAGCGUUGCAGCGGCGACUGCAAACAGCCGAAGUGGACUUGGGACAAUAA